AAAAUGUUGGAGGAAAUUGUGUUCAAAAAUACAAUUACGCGUUUUAUUGAUACUAAAUUUACUUCGAUUACAAAACACUUUUAUUAAUUCCUUGAAAGCUCCAUUUGCAUUGCUAAAAUGACAAUUGCUGCUAGGGCAGAGCAUGAUUCGACACCAACUGUCGCUGGGUAGCACACAAUCAAAACAAACCUCGCUGAAAACCCGGCAAAAUUUGCAAGUAGGGCGCCGAAAAGAGUGGUAAUUUCUUUUUAAACCUUUCACCUUCUUGUAAUGUCUGAUUCGGAGGAAUCCCUUGAAGAGAAACUUCGCAAAUUUCGCCUAUGGAAGGAAGCUUCAUCGGAUGGUAGUGCGUCGUUCAACGUAAACGACACAGCAGGAACUAGCAACACGGACGAUAGGGAAACCCAAAAUAUGGAUCGAAAUUCACAGCAGAAACCUCCCUCGCACCUAAAAGGCCGCGAGCUGGGUAUGUACUACCGGAAUAAGGCCCGCCGGAACAAGCAAGACUCCGACACGGCCGCCGGUCACGAUGGACAAUGGCGCAGCGAGCGCCACAAAGGCUUGCAACGCCGCAAAGAUCAGGAACGGUCCAGAUACGAAGCGAACGAACCAGGCAGCUCGAACCGCUUCCGUCGCUAUCAGGACCAGCGGGACAUAAGGCUAGAAGAGCAAGCGGAAGCACCACCGCCCGGAUUGCGUGGUCGUGAGUUAGGCCUCUUUUACCGUGAUCGUCAAACGGCUAAAUCGAAGCAGCGUGAAAAACGGGACGCGGUGGACAUUACACUACCUCGCUGGCAGAUAGAGGAGAUACGGAACCAUCUGCAGAUAAACCGAGGGUUCGAGCAGAGUGACAUUUACCGGGAGUUUAUCGAGAACGAAAACAUCCGGUCGGUGUUUAAGAACGAGUACUUGCGGGUUAUCAGUAAAACGCUACAGGAAACACUGCGGGAGGAGAGUGCGAAGAUGGUUCGGGAGGCACCGGUGGACGAGGACGCAUAUAAAGCGAUGCUGCUGGAUGACGAGUUGGAUACGGACAUCGACUACAAGCGGACACCGCUGGGGGCGUUUCGUAAAACUUUACCGGCAUACGCUCACCGCACAGCCGUGCUUGACAUGAUCGAACGGCAUCAGGUGAUACUGAUUAAGGGUGAAACGGGCUCCGGAAAGACAACCCAAGUGCCUCAGUACAUCCUGGAGGAAGCUAAGGCGUGUGGGCGUGAAUCACGCUGCAAGAUACUUUGCACCCAGCCACGUCGGAUAUCGGCCAUAACGCUCGCGCGGCGUGUAGCGGACGAACGGAACGAAGCGCUUGGUCGCUCGGUUGGCUAUCAGAUAAGGUUGGAAUCGGUGCCUCCGAAUAGAGACGGUGGCAGUAUCCUGUUUUGUACCACCGGCAUCGUGCUGACGUUGAUGCAAUCGGACCCAUUGCUGCGUCGGUACACCCAUCUGGUGCUGGACGAAAUUCACGAACGUGACGUCAUCACCGAUCUACUGCUGGCCAUCAUACGUAUGGUGCUUCCGUACCGGAAAGAUUUGCGCGUAAUCCUGAUGAGUGCGACGCUGACAGCGGAAACAUUUUCCCAGUACUUCGACAACUGUCCGAUGGUUGAAAUCCAAGGGAUAACCUACCCGGUACGCGAGUACUACCUGGAGGAUAUCCUGGCGGAGCUAAAGUUUCACACGUUUGAAGAUAAAUUUGCAUCGAAGGCCCAGAAGGGAACCAGCAGACAUAAUAAACCGCAGCGACGUGAAGGACCGUUCUACGACAUGAUCGAACCGUACUGCGAAGAGAUUCGCGGUCGCUAUUCAGCACCGGUUCUGCGUGCGCUUCAAAAUCCGGCCAGCGAAACCAACCAGAACGAGCUGAUUGUGGAGCUGCUGUACUACAUCACCUGCUCGAAACCGCCCGGAGCGAUUCUGGUGUUUCUGCCCAGCCUGGCACAAAUAUCGGACGUAAACCGGAUGAUCCGGGAGCAUCCGCAUCUUUCCCAGGCCAGGCUCGUAGUGUAUCCGUUACACUCGAAGCUACCUACGAGAGAUCAAACGGUCGUAUUCGAACGUCCGCCCGACGAUGUGCGUAAAAUCAUCCUCUCAACCAACAUCGCCGAAACGUCCAUCACGAUCAACGAUAUUGUGUACGUGAUCAAUGCGGGUCGUCACAAGCUAAACAUGUACGAAAAUGGUGUGUCGGUGUUGCGCGACGAAUGGAUCUCAACGUCGAACGAAAUUCAACGCAAGGGACGCGCUGGGCGCGUGCAGGCCGGCCUCUGCUACCACCUGUACAGCCGUGCCCGUAGGCGUUCGCUGCUGGAGAAUGUCCCACCGGAAAUCAUCCGCGUCGCGCUGGACGAAGUGAUUUUGCAGAUAAAAAUCCUUCAACUGGGCGAUGCGCGUGCGUUUAUGGAACACUUGCUCGAUAAACCGGCCGAAGAGAUCAUCGAUAAAUCGUUGAAACUGCUCAACGGACUUAAUGCGCUCGAUAACGAUGAGAAGCUUACGCCGCUCGGGUUCCACCUUGCCCGGCUACCGAUGGAUCCGCGCACGGGGAAAAUGAUCCUGCUGGCAAGCAUCUUUAGCUGCAUCGAUCCGAUCACAUCGAUCGCGGCCAGCCUGACGUUCAAGAACGCGUUCUACAAACCGCUCGGAAAGGAGAAGGAAGUCGAUCGGAUAAAGCGCAAUUUCGCCGAGGAUUCGGCAAGCGAUCACAUCAUGCUCGCGAACGUAAUUGCCGAGUGGCGCAAGCAGUCGAACAAGGGUGGAUUUUGUGGGAAGAAUUUCCUGAACAAUGCUACCCUCCAGCAGCUUACCAACAUGAAGGGACAGUUCUGUGAGUAUCUGUACCACACAAAGUUUAUGGCCGGUUUGCAACCGCAAUCCAGGCAGGACAAUCUGCACUCGCACAAUAUGGAGCUGCUGCGUGCGAUCGUUGGUGCGGGUCUGUAUCCGAACGUGGCGUUCGUGCGGAAGGUGAUCCGGUCGAGGAACAGUGCGGACGGUCGGGCGAUUCUCAGCGUGGAGCAGCAGGGCCGGGCAGAGAUUCAUCCCGGUUCGGUUAAUGGCAGCAGAAGCGUUUUUCAUUCGAAUUUCGUCGUUUAUUAUGACAUGCAGAAGCUCAAAUCGCUCACCAUCUUCGACACGACGGUUGUGAACCCGUUCCCGUUGCUGUUCUUCGGGGACAAUCACGUGGAAACGAUAGACGGACGUCAAAUGAUCUCCAUCGCUGGCCAUUACUGCCUCAAGUGUGAUAAAGAAACGUACGACCUCAUUCAGGAUCUGCGGACAGGCUUCAAUCUGUUUCUGCAGAAGCAAAUCUGCAGCCCAUCACCGGUCGAUUGGAACUCUCGCGAAGGCGAACUGUUAAGAUCUAUCAUUAAGCUGAUCACAAUCGACUGCAAGUUCGAGGAUGGUUUCGAUGAUGACGAUGCGGAGGAACAAAACACCGGCUAGACGCUAAGGACGCAGAUUGGCAGCGAGAAAUCCUCCCCAAAAACUGCUCUUGUGUACUUGCCGCAAAAGACCGUGACGGCAGAAUCCUGCUGCUGGAUUACGAACACCAUCCGGACAAUUAAAGUGAGUUCCCCCCAAUUUUUGUUGGCACGGGUUUCCCGCCGAAUAGUUGAGGCUAUUGAGGCUUUAAAAAAGCGGAGCGGUGGGAGGCAAUCUCCAUGCGGAUUAGUUGCGGUCGGGCUCAUGGACUUCACUUCCGCCAUCGCACACAGCGCGCGCUCCAGUCUAGACUCAUUUGUUUCGUUCUAGUUUUGUCUGUCCUUUUCUUUUAUUUAAAUUUAUUUAUCACCAUGCGGAAAAAGCCCCUCCCGUGCAAACCACUUUUGUUAAUUGAGUGUUUUUUUUUAAUUUUGUUUUCAUUUUACCUUAAAUAAACAUUACAUACUUACAUACUGAUUCCGAGAAGGAGAGAGAAUAAACAAGCCACUCACCUCCGGGACAUGACGUCA